CUUCUGAGUUUCUAUCAGUUGCGUUUAUUUCCAUUGAUUUUGUAACACAUUUAAAUAGUUUAUCCUUCUAUUUUGUUGAAUAAUUUUUUCCCCCAAUUUUACUUUCUAUUGAUAAGACUCUUACUAUUUCUUUAAUUUAAUGUAUUUUAAUAAUUAAUAUAUAAAAUUAUUUUAAAUACACAUAUGAAGCUGUUAAACUUCUUACUUCGUUAUUUCCCACCAGGCAUUGCAUUGGAAUAUGUGCAGGGAGGACAAAUUAAAACGAAAAUGAUAGACCUUUUGGAUUUAUCUGCACAAACAGACAUAAGACAAUUAGCAGAAAGUAUUAGAGAAUCAGAACCAGUGAUAACGGAACGAGUUAUGGACCAAUUGAUUGAAUCUUUGCAAAAAUUACAGAAAAAAGUCAGUGACACUGGAGUGAAGCGUUAUUAUAAAUAUAAAACACUUAAAACCCACCUUUGUCCCUUGACUAAUGUGGCAUUCGAUAAAUUAGGUAAAAGAUGCCUGACGGGUAGCUAUGACCGAACUUGUAAAGUUUGGGACAUUGACAGUGGAAAGGAGCUUCUUAAUCUCGAAGGCCACAAAAGUGUAGUCUAUGCAGUGACUUUCAAUAAUCCAGCAUCAGACAAGAUAUUGACUGGUUCAUUUGAUAAAACAGCAAGUUUAUGGUGUUCACAAACAGGCCAAUGUUUAAUUACUUUUCAAGGACAUAAUGCUGAGGUUGUUGUUGCAAAAUUUUCACCUACUCAAAAUAAAAUUGCAACAGGCUCAAUAGAUUGUACAGCAAAAAUUUUUCACAUGAUUUCUGGUGACGAAGUGGGAACUUUAUCAGGGCACACGGGAGAAAUAAUUUCUUUACAUUAUAAUGAUGACGGGAAUUUAAUUAUCACUGGUUCAUUAGAUGGUACCAUAAGUGCUUGGGAUACACGAACACUCGAAAGAUCCAGUGUUCUAAUUGGUCAUCAAGAGGGAAUAUCAAAUUGUUCUUUUAAUUUUGACUGCAAAUUAAUUGGUUCCUCUUCUUUGGAUAAAACUGCCAAAAUAUGGGAUUGUCGAAUGAAUUCUUGUCUAAAAACAUUUUUGGGUCAUGACGAUGAAGUUCUCGAUUUAGCGUUUGAUAAUAAAGGACAAAAAUUAGCAACAGCCAGUAGUGACACGACAGCUCGAAUUUGGGAUGUUAGUAGUGAUUUUCAACAAUUAAAUCUUCUCGAGGGACACAAAGAGGAAAUUUCCAAAGUUUGUUUCAGUCCAAGUGGUCAUCAAGUAUUGACAUCAUCUUUGGACAAGAGCGCACGUCUUUGGUCACUGGAAUCUGGUAAAUGUAUUCAGUCACUUGAUGAACAUUCUGAUGAUGUAUUUAGUUCAGCUUUUUCUUAUUCUGGUGAUACUAUUGUCACUGCCAGUAAAGAUAGUACUUGUGUUAUUUGGAGGUGACUUGAUUGGUUUCAAGUAUGUUCCUAGCUUUUAAUUCUUGCCCUUUUCUUUGUUUAUAUUUUUUAUUUCUAUAUUUUAUAAAUUCAUUUCAUGUUAUUUUUAUUUGUUAUAAUUAUCUGUAUUUUUAUAUAUAUAAAUAAUAAUCUAG